AUGGGCUCGCAAUUUCUCAUCACGAUCAAAUUCUGUGGACUGACUAUUGACCUGAGGGACAAGGACUCCCUGCCAUGCAACACCAUGGAAGAUGUGACUAAGUUGUGUGAUGUCCUUAAGAACUCAUCUGAGAGGAAUGCCCUUGUAUUAUUCCAUGGCAAAGUCUCUGGGAAACAUGAGGCAGGUGUGAUGCGGGAAAUGAUACGAACACUAAUGACAGACAAUGUGGCCCAGCAUUUGUUUGUCUUGGGCGAGGUGGCUUCAAUGCAAAAAGAAGCUUUCAAGCCUGUGGACUCCUUGACCUCAUCCAGGGUAAACUUAGAGAUCCUUUAUGCAUUUGAACGAAUGGGGAAAUACCCUGAAUUCUCCAGAUUAAAGCAGCAAAUGGCUGUAGUGAAUCACCUCCGGGCGGCUCCUUGGCGCCUAAAGUCCAAACAUAUUGCCCAAUGGAAGGGGAGUGUGUACAAGCAGCUCGGAGUGAACAUGAUGAUCUGGGUGCUCCUCUACUAUCUCCUCAGCUGCAUCUAUCGGUUUGUGCUUCUGCCGGAUCAGAGGAUAUUUCGACAUUACGAACGAAACGAUGCGUCAGUCCUUCUUUGGGCAUCCAUUGGACGUCCAGCAGAGGAACUUCCAAGGACAACUUCUUAUGGUCUUCCAUUUGAUGUCCUUGGAUGGAAUCCCCGUCCCGUUGAGGCCAUCCAUCUGGCCUGA